AUGUUGGGAGUGAAUACUGGCCGCCAUCAGAGUCUAUUGGGGUUGAGGCUCGCCUCUACUGAGUCAGGUCCCAAGACUGAAUCUACUAAGAAACCAGUCGAAGCGAUUCAAAAGGCCUCCGAGACGGCCCCGAAAGUCCCAGAAACCGCCGUUGUGAAACAACCGCUCUGGGACCGUGUCAAGCACGAGGCCCAGCACUACUGGGACGGAACCAAGUUGCUUGGAUAUGAGGUCAAAGUCUCCAGCAAAUUGCUUCUGAAGAUGGCCGCUGGCUACGAAUUGACCCGUAGAGAGACCACGCAACUUACCCGCACCAUCACAGAUAUCAUGAGGUUAAUCCCUUUUUCGAUGUUUGUUCUGAUACCAUUUGCGGAGUUGCUGUUGCCUGUUGCUCUGAAAUUGUUUCCAAACAUGCUGCCGUCCACAUAUGAGUCCAAAUCCGACAAAAAGAAGAAGACCAAGACGUUGAUCAAGACGAGACAGGUGACAUCCGAGUUUAUCCAGCGCACCGUGCAAGAGAGUGGGUUGAACUUGCCCAAAAAUGCCACGGAAUCUGAGAAAACGAAUUUUGUGGAGUUUUUCCGUCUCGUGCGAAACGGCGAGAAGCCCACUCACGAGCAGUUGAUUCGUAUCGCAAGAUACUUCAAGAAUGAUCAGGUUUUGGACAACUUGUCCAGACCACAGCUAGUUGCCAUGGCGAAGUAUAUGAAUCUGACGCCGUUUGGAACUGACGAGAUGUUGCGUUACCAGAUCAGAUACAAGCUUCUUCAGGUGAUGAAAGACGACCGGGCCAUUGACUACGAGGGUGUUGAGAGUCUAUCUAUUCAGGAGCUCCAGAGUGCAUGCGCUUCGCGUGGUAUCAAGACCUUUGGUGCUUCCCCAGCGAGACUGCGUGAUGAUCUGAACAUCUGGCUGGAUUUGCGCCUUCGCCAAAAGAUUCCAUCCACUCUGCUCAUUUUGUCUUCGACAUUCACUUAUGGUGAGCAUGCCGAUGAUAUGGAGAGCUACUAUGACGCGUUGUUCGCAGUGCUUUCGUCUAUCCCAGAUGAAGUUUACAACAUGGCCAAACUGGAGCUUGCAAACGAAGAUUCCAAGCUCAAGCUCAACAUUCUCAAGGAACAAGAUAUGCUGAUCAAGGAAGAAGAGCAGCAGAACCGCAAGAUUACUGAAAGUGGAAGAUAUCUCGUGAAGGACGACAUCAAGCUGAGCGACUACGAAGAACAGGAGCAGGAGCAGGAGCAGCAGCAAGACAAAAGCCAAGACAAAAGCCAAGAGGAACAGCCAAACCAAGAACAAGUGAAAGAAAAUGAAGCCGAAUCAGUUGCAGCUGAAAUCGAAGCGCCCCAGAAGGAGAUCCGUGACGGGUUGGAGAAGUCGGAUUCCAAGAGUGUUGAGCAGGAGCAGAAAGAGAGGGCAAAGGCAUGA